UCCACGGUGCUGAAACUCUCGGCUCGCUUAAACCUUUCGCAGUCAGCCAAUUUUUGACUAAGGCUACGGGAUCUGGAACCGAGACGGAAAACGCGGGAGAUGACAAUAAUUAAUUGAGUAUUGUUCAGAGCCAGCAGUCAGUUUCCUUAGCAACAUGACUCAAGACAAAGCCGAGAAAGCAUCUUAGGUGACGAAUAUCACCCGCAUCAAAAAGAGAGCAAAGCACGAACUGAAAAAAAAACACAGAAGAAUGGGGGACAAAAUGCUUCCGGCCCAAGAAGCUGCUAAGAUCUAUCACACUAAUUAUGUGAGAAAUUCCAGAGCAAUUGGUGUUCUUUGGGCGAUUUUCACCAUUUGUUUUGCCAUUAUAACUGUGGUCAUUUUUAUCCAACCCUACUGGAUUGGGGACAGCAUCAAUACUCCCCAAGCUGGCUACUUCGGACUAUUUCAUUACUGCAUCGGGAACGGACUGACCAGGGAGCUAAUCUGCAAAGGGAGCGCCCUAGAUUUCAGCUCUAUUCCUUCAGGAGCUUUCAAAACUGCCAUGUUCUUCGUUGGCAUCUCCAUGCUUCUGAUUAUCGGCUGCCUCGUCUGCUUCAGUCUCUUUUUCUUUUGUAACUCAGCCACUGUCUAUAAAGUCUGCGCAUGGAUGCAACUUGCCUCAGCUACUGGCCUCAUAAUGGGAUGCAUGAUUUACCCUGAUGGCUGGGAUUCAGACGCAGUCAAACAAAUGUGUGGGAACAAAACUGACAAGUACACUUUGGGAGCAUGCUCUGUUCGCUGGGCCUACAUCUUAGCCAUCAUUGGGAUCCUGGAUGCUCUCAUCCUGUCCUUCUUGGCUUUUGUGCUUGGCAACAGGCAGGACAGCCUUCUUCCUGAAGACUUUAAGGUGGAAAAUAAAGAGGUGGACAAUGCCUAAGGAAGGCAUCAGCAUUAUCAGUUAUGAGCUGUUCCAUAUGGUAAUAGUAUUACAGAAAUUCCACCAAACAUGGAACCAAGGAAUCUUCAGUAUUUUCCUCAGCAUCUGGAAUGAAUUGUGUUGCAGGUUCACAAAAGGAUCACUAAAUACUGUAGUUUGUCCUGUAGAAGCGCAUUCAAGUUAGAAUAGUUGAAAUGUUUUAUUCCAUUAGAAGUUCAAUGUAUGUACUUCAAACUAGUUCCAGUAAUUGAUAAAUUCUAACCUUGAUAAAAAAAAUCUUAGUACAGUCUGAUUGUUUCAAUGUGUAUGUGAUGUUUCAAAUGUGAAGAAUUAAUCAUGUUUUGAAUUCCCCUAUUAGACUGUUCUUGAAUAGUACAAACACAUUAUCAACAGGAAUAAGGCUAGCUUUUUUUCAAAUUAGUGCACAGCUGCUGUGACAAGCAAUUGGUCAAUCUAUGCUUUUCUCCACCACAAUAAUUAGAAGCAGAAAAUCAAUAAAAUUACAGUUCAAAUAAGCUUGUUACUGCAGGAGCAAGUAAUUACAAUAAAACUUUAACUUGCUAUUCAACUAUUUGGAAAUCACAGCAUGUCAGCGUCUGCAUCACCUUUGUACUGUUCCCCUUAAACUUACCUCACUGGAAAAAAAAAUUAAUUUACAUCUUUUAAAAGGUUUUUAAAGGGUAUUAAUAGGAAUAACAUUUGGGAGUCUGGAAAAACUGCCAGUCUACCAAACACGCUGGAAUAACUGUGCUUACCCAAACCUCCAGUGGCUCCUGUGCCAUCUAACACUACUUUCACAGUUUUUAUCAAAAUUCACAAGAUAAAAAUAUAAUGUGCUUUAAGUUGCAUCCAGACACAGUUUUGGAGAAUAAGUAUAAGCAUUCACAAAAAUAAUGCAACAUUAAAAUUAGUACAUAAUUCUUUGCUCUAAAAGCACAAUCAUGGAAGCCUUCUCUAGUUUGGAAAUCAAAUGUUCUAAUUGCAUGUGUGCUGUGAUACUCAACGAGUUUUACAUUUAUUGCCAAUAAGAACAGUACUGCCAAAAUAAUAUGGAAUAAUACUGCUGGUACUCAUGAUUUUAUUUGUGGAUUUGUCUUCUUUGUUGCCAUUGACAUCCUGCUGGCAAAACAAAAAAAAAAUCUUGAAUUUAUUUGUUGAUACAAAGUUAUAAAUUUAUUGCAUACAUUGGUUUAUGUCUUAAUUCUGACAAAGUGUUUGCUUUCACAAUUUUGCCAUCUCAUCACAAUGCCUCAAAAGAUUGUUAACCCAAAUAUCAGGUUUGAGUUACUGUACUGUUACCAGAAUACAAUGGAUACCGAAAACAAUAUAGAAUAAAUUGUCCUAAACCAAGCUCUUUGGAAAGGACUCCAUUCCCAUCACAGCAGAAAGGCAAGCCACAAAUCAAACUUAGUUGCAGUGCUGGAUUCAGUGUUAUGCACUGAUGGAUUCUUUAAGUUUUUGGAACUUUAGGUACUCUCCAAUUUAGCUCAAAACAACUCAGGUUCUCUCACAUGCUGACAGCAUCUACAUGCUUUUCUAAUUAUACCAGAUUGUUUUAUUCUUUAAAAACAGAAGUCUAAGCAACUGGUCAACGUAUCCUACAUCACCUUUAAUGCUUGUUUUUAUUUUAGGAAAAAAAAACACAUCUUUAAAAGCUGAAGGAAAUAAAAAGUUAAAAUUAAAUAAUACAUUUCAAAUCUGGCAGAGUGUUAAGAGAAUAUGUAAAGCAGUUUUUAAAAGUUUUUUUUUGGAAAGACCUUUGAAACAUUUGUGCCACUAUGGAAAUAUGUUAAACUAUUGUGGCCUGCAACGUGUUAAAGUAUGACAGCAGAAUUUAGACUCAGAUAAACCUCAAAACUUGGGUGCAACUUAAUAAUUAAUAACCUAAAUUUGCCUAUUGCACCAACAGAUCGUGAUGACAGUGAAUCAGCCUCACGACAGUAGCAAAGUGUAUAAUUACAUGCUAGUAUUUAUUAAUUUAAAACUUGUGAAUUAAAAUGCAUUUGAAAUUAAAUUCUACUUUGCCCAUUAAAGCUUCACCAACUUGUAUAUUAUGAAAUAAUGAAUAAAACUCACUAUGUUCAGUCCGAGCUAAGGAGGAGGAUCAUUGACUAUUUUCACAAUUGCAUAAACUACAUCUGUAGGAAUUUCCAAGCACAAAGAAUUCAAAUCCCCACACAAUUGUUCAUGGCUACAAAGGAUUGUUAGUUUUUAAGCAGAUCUGCAUUAUUAAAGAAUAUACUAAAUACCAAGAAAUGCCUAUAUCAAGUAUUAUACCUGAAGUCCCAUUUCUAUAUGCAGCUCCAAUUCAUUUCAAAAUUAACUUGACAUAAACAUAAGAAUAUGCUUUUGCAAAGCUGGGGUUAAAGUAAUAAUGCAAAACAAAAAUAUUCUAUGGGGGUUCAGUAAAUGUACAAAAUUUCACUGGUAGAAGUAAAUGUUGCAGUAUGUAAAAUCACAGGGGGUAAUAGAAAAACCCAUAAGCCAAUUUUGCACAAGGUUUCACAAAAAUGGCAAGGAUGUCAAGAAUUGCUGAGUAACUUGCCACUGCAUUCUCACUCUUCCCUUAAGUCAUUCCUAUUGGUCAAUAAAGCUUACAAAUCACAGUGUGCCUUAGUUUUGCAGCCAGAUUCACCAUCAUGACAACUAGAAAGUUCAAAAUAUCUGUGGCAACAUGCCGUCAAAUUGAGCAGAACUGAGAGAUCACCAGCGCAUUAUGCCAACGAAUUCAGGUCUUUUGCAUUCUAAUAACUUAUAUUUGCUGGUAAUUACAAGACUAAAUGAUAGCAGUUCUGUGUGACACUUCUGCCAAUACUAUUGGCAUCCCAAUAGAUUUUAAGCAUUAAAUAGUUGAUAAAGACAUCAAGAAAAAAUGUCUGAAUGGAGCAUGAGAAGCUCAUUGGUAUCACUAAGAGCCUUUGAUUCCAGCACAUUCAAAAGGCUGGUACUCACAUCAUUGCAGAUGGUGGAGUACUGUAGUACUGUACCAACCCAGAUUGUUUAAAUCUAGAUGAGAGCCUGAAUCAAAAAAAUUUCAGCCUCAAGCGAAAUACAAAGAUGAGUCAUCAUGCUCACAAAUGGCUUUUGAAAUGUGGACAAAAGAAGUCUCAGACUUUCAUUUUUGGGCAAGAAUACCAAUAUUACACAUCAAUGGUUCUCAAACUUUUUCUGCUCCAUGCCCAUUUGUGUCUUUCAUUUAAUUCUGUGACCCCCACACUCCAGUCUCCAUCAGUUGUUUAAGCUUUUUUUGGUCAAAUGUACUAAUUAUUCUAAUAUACAGUAAAUAUUUAUAUUUUAAUAGGUUAUUGGUAUUUUUGUUAAUGUGUUACAGGUGUAUAUGAAAAGUAAAACUACUUCAAAGCUCUGAAUAGGAUAAUUUAAUAUACUGUGUAUAAUAUUCUUUCCACGAGCAAUUAAAAACACUUAAUAUUGUUACUUUAUUUUGUGAAUGCUUCGCAACUAAUCUAAACUAGCGAGUUUCUGAAUAUCUGGUUGCAAUUUGGUUAAAGAUAAUUGAAGAUCACCUAUUUUCACAACAUCAAGACUGUUACAGGUUCUUGAAGCAGGAAAACUAUAUUAAGAUAAAAACGGGAAAUCCAAUUAAAAACAACUUUGCUUUCUUGGAGUUGUGGAAACUUAUUUUGAAUAUCACUAGUUAUCCAGAAAUUUUGCUUGUUGGGUUUGAAUUUUGCUUGAGCUGUUAUAUCCCUCUGCAACUCAAUAAGGCAUUCUUGCAAUAUGGUGGCAACAUCAUCCACAUUCACCCCAAAUGGAUUCACCACCCAAUCUGGAAUAUGCAUCUCCAGCAGGUUUCAAAACUGAAAUUCCAUAUUGGUAUGCAGUUGUUUGAAAUGAUCAAGCUAUACAAUCAGAUUAUCUUCUUGCAAUUCUGUUUUAAGAAUGACCAGCGAAGGAAAUUGCAUAAACCCGAUGUCGAAUAUUGCUGUUGAAAAGUUUUCCAAGAAAAGUGAGAAUAACCUCUUUGCAUGAUAUGAGAUUGCAGUCCCCCCCCCAUAACUAGUUUAAUAAAUUCAAUUUUUUUUUAGACAUAUAUCUGACCGGUAAAAUGUCAGACGUAGCAGUGACAAUUUGUUCUCCAAGCUGCUUUAACACUUAGAAAUGCAUAAUACUAUCCCAAAAUGCAACAAAGAGAAUUACCUUUUGAUAACCAGCGGACCUCCACAUGUAUUAGCAGCCAUUCAUAAAUCUUCAUUUUCCUCAAAGUUGUCAAAAAGGAGAAUUUUAAAGUGCAUUUGAUUUGAUGAAGUUGACAGCCAUUAUUACAGCAGCAAGGGUGUCGUGCAAACAUCGUCCAAAAUUUUUUGCAACCAAAUGCUGACAGUAGAUGACAGUAUGCAAAAAAAUGUCAGGCACAGCAUUUUUAAUGAGCAUGGCCCAUAUUGUAGUAAUCUGUACCAUUUUCCUACCAUCAAAGCAGCACCAUCAGUUGCACAAGCCAUUAUACUUUCCAGCAGAGUAUUGUUUUUCAAAAAAAAGCUCUUGCUUUUUGCCCAAAAGCUCAAGACAGAUAACAUAUGUGAAACUUUGUGCAGAAGCCUGAUCAUCAAAAACCUAACACGUUAUCAGAAAGGCUUCAUUAUUACGUAAAAUGCUUUCAUCGAUUUGCAGGGCAAACCCCUUAACUGCAGCCUUCAUGUCAUGUUUUAUAACUGUAACAUGAACAGGUCAGUGGAAUAUAAACAGGACCAGCCUCUUUGUGCAUACUUGCUGGUUGGUCUUGCCAACACCACCCAAUUUUCAGUUUGUUCGUGAUACUCACAACCAUUUUAGUUUAGAUGACUACAACAUAGCCCAUGCCAGGCUUUGCAUAUAAUCUUUCUGAUAGGGUUUUGAUCUGAAAAUCCUGCUAACCUCUGACAUAUUUCAGUUGAAAUUAGAUUCUGAUCGUUCCCUAUUAACAUGUACUUAGCUAUAACCAAUCUCUAGCUGGUGGAGCACAGAAUCAUGCUGGGUCAUACCCGCCUGCUCACUGUAUAAUCAGUGAUUUAUGGGUGAAUGUGGAGCAGGGCUCAGCUGGCCACAAUGCAGGGUGUGAACAAUGAUUUGUACAUGAUCAAGGAGGAACAGAGGUAACAACUGAUGUGCCAUACCCCACCCCCCACAUACAGGUGAAGCUGUUUUGCUGCCUCUUUUGCAUUAGGUAGCAUAUUUUCCCCAUUCAUUUCAUUCAGGGUUCCAACUAAAUUACGUAUAUUCAUUUUUUAUUUAUAUAUUUUAGUAAUAUUCCAUCAAAACAGUAAACUUGUGGCCCAUUCAUAAACUCCUGUGACCCCAGUUUCUUGUUUUUUUUAAAAACUUGUGGUCCCUACGAAAUCUGACAUGGCCCCCUAGGAUGCAGUAUGGCCCAAAAUGAGAACCACUAAUACAUGAUUUUAAAAACAGGCAGUUAUCAACAGGAAGUCAGUGCUGUUGUCAGCUAUUAAAACUGAAUUUUACAGAUUAAAAACAAGCUCUGAAACAAAUACCUGUAACAGAUGUGAAAAAGCAAUGAAAUAACAAAAAUAUUAGCACGCGACUUGUGAACAGAAGUGCAAGUAGCUAAGGAUAAAGAACAGAUAUCAGAAUAUAAUAAAGGGUUUAAAUGCCUUCAGUUUUCAACAUGCAGCUUUUCAAUCUUGGCAGUAUGAAAGUCAAUGACAAAAUUAAUCUACCUGGUUUAAUUCCCAUCUUUCUUUCUUGCAAAUUGUAGUUUUUUUUCCAUUAAAUAUUUAAACUGGGCUAUCUGGAUGAACAAUCCCUUAAUCUUUCUGCUCUAUAAAUAUCUACAUUUUUGUUUGCAACUGAUUUAAAAAAAAUGACAAACAUGACAGCAAAAUUCUAUUUUUAGAACUCCACACCAUUUAUGUGGGCAUUAAAAAUUUAAAAAGCCCAGGUGAUCUAUUUUAAAUAUCUUUAAGGUAAACAUGGCUGCCACUUGACUAUAUUUAAAAAAAAUAACACUAUUAAAGGGGACC